AUGGCUUCUCCGCCAGAUACGACGAAAGAGGUAUCCGCACAGUCGGAGAAACUGAAUAUAGAUGCCGUUCUGGAAUUCACGCAACUACUAAGGGAAAAGAGACAAGCAAAAGCAAAAGAGGAGGAGCUGGACACUAGGUUACAAAGCUACGAACGUCACUUACAGUUACUAAAGGGAAAACGAGAGGCUGUGGAGGAGCAGAUGAAAGAGCUUGAGGCCCGACAGAGGCAGCUGGUCGAAGAAGAAGACCAAUUCAUUUCAAAAAGGCACGAAUUAUUCACAGACCAAAAAAAAGCCAAGGAUGCCCAGACAGAUAUUCGUCAAAAGAUGCUGCAGCUGAAGCACAUGCACGGCAAUUUCGAGUUUGACAACUGCGACGAGGCCAAAACAAUGUUUCGCGAGGCCGUAGAGGACGGCGAUGCGGCAGUGGUGAAGGUUAUUGUUUACACGGGAACUUUGAAAGAACACGAAUGGAUACCGUUGAUUACAGCAUCGAGCAGAGGGGAUGUCGACAUGGUUAGGAUUCUUCUCCUUGCCGGAGCUGAAGCGGAUAGCAAAGACAUUGUUUUUGGCCGGACUGCACUCAGUUGGGCCAGCGCAGGCGGCCACAUGGCUGUCGCAGAGUUUCUUCUCCAAAUGGCCGCGGAUGUCAACUCGCAAGAUAACGAUGGAUGGACGCCACUGCGUCGGGCCUCUGAGAGGGGGCAUGAAGAUGUAGUACGUCUUCUGCUUGAGAAAGGUGCCAAGAUUGGCUGUCGUAAAACACUCGGCAGUUAUAGUGAAUCCGUCGGUGCCUUGGCUGUCUCUCCUGACGCAAAGCUUCUGGCAUCUGGGCUGCACGAUGGCUUCAUUGAGGUCUGGGAUACUGAGACAGGCCAGUGCAUACAAACUCUGCAACACCUACCUGGCACGAAGUCACCAUUGAGAUCCGGACGGCCGCCACAAGCCAGGACCGAGAUGAAGAACAUGAUUUGCUCAAUUGUGUUUACACAUGACUCAAUGCUGGUGAUAUCAGGCUCAGCCGAUGGCUCCGUCAGAGUCUGGGAUAGGGCAACAGGUGACUGUCAACAAACUUUGCAGGGUCAUACAACUCUCGUCCAUGCAUUAGCCUCGUCGCAUGAUUCGAAGUUGAUCGUUUCAGGGUCAAACGACAAAACUAUAAAGAUCUGGGAGAGCGCAACAGGCAACUGCCGACGAACACUGCAGGGCCAUGAUGGAUGUGUUUAUAGAGUGGUCUUCUCCCAUGACUCAAGGCUGAUUGCUUCAGGCGCAUUCGACGGACACGUCAAGAUCUGGAACAGGGCAACAGGUGAAUGCCUUCGGACGCUGAGAGGCUGGCAAGAGGAGGAGGUACUCGCAUUAGCCUUCUCGCACGACUCAACGCGCAUAGCAUCGGGGGCGAACAUGGACACCAUCAAGAUCUGGGAUGUUACAACCGGGCAAUGUCAACUACGGAUGAGAAGCCAUGAUAUUGACGUUGAUUCGGUGGCCUUUUCGCCCGACUCCAAGAUGUUGGUGUCAAGGUCGAGCAUGAAUGUUAUUCACGUUUGGGAUACUACAACAGGCGAGUGUGUGAGGGUGCUGAAAGGCCCUGAUGAUUUCUGCGGUAAGAUGGCCUGGUCGAAAGACUUGAAGUUUGUAGCAUCGUCUUCAAGUGACAAAGGCACAAGGAGGAUAGAAACAGUCAAGCUGUGGGAUAAUCUGGUGCUUAGCAGUGUUGUCUGUCCGUCGGGGAAACAAGUUGAAGGAGAUGAGUAA